UACUCGAGACUCGAGCUCAAUUCGCAUCGCAUUCGCAAAGUUGCCUCCUUGCUCUCUCAGCACUCAGCAAGUCAGCAGCUGCCAUUUUUCGUCGAAAAUCAAAACACGGGGCUCAAAGAACGCAGCGAAAAAAGUGAAUUGGAAUUUUAUUAAGCAGACGGCAGUAAAAUGGGCGGCGGAUCACCUAACAAAAAUGAGCCGCUCAACGUUCGGCCCAAUGCCUACCCGGUCGCCGGCCGUAUGGUCGACGAACGAGAACGCUUGGUGGGCAUGACGGACGCCGAACGAGCCUGGAGGAAGCAGUGGCUCAAGGACCAGCACCUUUCGCCCAACGAACCCAGAUUUGUGCCCGAGUUGGAGAGAGAGCUGAUGAACCCCAUUCGUAGAUUUUACCGCUGGCCCCUGGACAAUCUCUUCAAGGCUCUGAUGCCAGUCAUUGGUCAGCAAAGAGCUCAGUCUCUGCGAUACUACUCUGGAAGAAUUGCCAUUGCCUACUUGUUAAUUCUGGGUGUCACUUACAACUUGAAAUACAAUACAAAUAGCUGGCUCCGCAAAGGUGGUUUCACCCGUACCUAUUCGCAGGCUGCAGUUCUGAAGGGCGAGCCAGGUUAUUACAGCAGAGAGGUGCGAUCCCUUCCUAAUGACUACAAUGACAGGGGAUUCAAAUCAUCUCCCAUCUAAAAAGUAGGUCACAUGUUUCCGUUGUAAAAAGUAUAGUCAUUAAAUGAUUGUUAAAAAUUUAAAAGAGAAA